AUAUCUGGAGGUCAGUUGUGCGAUGCCACUCAUACUAUUACUCGGUUCUUGUCAUGGCACUAUCAACGAAUUCCGUUCUUCGAAAAAAACAACGCCUAUGUAACAGUAAUCUGUUACCGAUGCCCACUGCAACGUCGUCGCCAGUCCUGAGACAAGCGCCAGUGUCACGUCGGCAUAGCAAUGCAAAUGCUUCGGCCACCAGUUCCACUGCCAGUACGAUGAGAUCAGCAUCCACUAGUAGAUCAUUUGGGUUUGAUACCAAUACAAGCAUUAUUGCGGCGUCCAAUUCUUCCGGUAUGGUGACUAUCAGUGAGGAUAGCUUCAAUAUCUUGAUUGAAAAUCAACGACAGCUGAUGGCUUAUCAGAAUGAGUUGAAAGAUUCAAUGCAAGACAUGAGAGUUGCCUUAUCUGAGCAACAAAAGAAACGUAAAGUCAAGCCGUCGAAGGCAGUACAGGCAGAAGUUCGAAAUGUAUACAAGGAGCUAGAGAAAAAUGAGUUUAGUUGGACCUUAGGAAGUUGUGGGUUUAGAGCUGCUGAAAAUGCAGAAGUUAAUAGAAGAGUGCUGCUUGGUGUUAACAAUGUAAUGCCUGGAGUUAAGGAUGAUGUAAUUACUAUGGCAAUGAAGACAUACUUCAUGAGUAAAAAAAAGAAGGAAAAGAAGGAGGUCAACGGCACAUAUGACGAACAUAAGAAGAAACAAUCUAGAAAACAAAGAUUAUAUUCAAAACUGAACAAGCGUGUAAUAGAAUUGAACAGAAAUAGAUCAAUACCGGAAGGAGAUAAGGAGCUGUAUGCAAGUGCAAUGAAAGUAGGAUAUAUGUCCAGUGAAGUGUCUGGCAGCGAGGACGAUGCUGAAGACCAGAGAAAACUCCUUGUUGUUAACCCUCUUCCAUGGCGAUCAGUCAUAUUGAACAAUUUGUUCAAGUCCCUUGACGAAAAACACGCUAAACGUGUUCAGAAUAAGGGCGUGAUACUCGAACGCUGUCGAAGGAAGGUGGGUGCCCAGUCGACUAGAGAUUACCCUAGUAAUGCACCCAGGUUCUCCUUGAUUGAUUUUAGCAGUGGAGAGGAAGAGGGCGACAACAACAGUCAAGGUGAAGGAGAAGUUGCCGCUGCUGAAUGA